AUGUCUCAGGAGAAUGACACUUGGAAAAAAGAGGUCCUGGAGGAUGAGCUUGCUGCCAUGAGGCUGCAGAAGCUGGAACAGCAGCGGCGGCUGUUUGAGAAGAAGCAGCGACGGAAGCGCCAAGAGCCCCUCAUGGUUCAGGCCAAUUCUGACACUUCCCUGCGGCAGGGGCGACUGCGGUGGCGAGAGGAACGCCUCUGGGGUGACAGCGGCCUCGGGAACCCUUUCCUCCAGAGGAACGUGCCCAGGACACAUCCGCGCUCUGGUGCCCACAGUGACCUGAGCACCGUGAGCUGCAGUGGAGAUGGCAGCGGUGAGCGCGGUCCCCUGGUGCCGCCGACAGAAGCAGAAAGUUCCGAUCUGGAGUUGGAGGAAGUCUCCGUGGAGGAUGUUCCUGCCUUUCCCCCUCCUUAUAAAGAGCCUCCGGGGACUCGACGCAGGGGUUGGCCAGCCCUCCAACGAUCUGGGGCGAGUGCAGAAGAGGAGAGCGAAUCUCGGGAUGUUGGAGAUGAAUACGAGACGCUCAGUCCGGAACCAAAUCCUAGAAUGGAUGGUUACGGGGGACGUGGUGACUUGGCUUCCAGCAAGGGCGAAGAUGUGGAAGAGAAGGAAGAGGAGUCGGAGUCUACAGCGAGGAACUCUCCAGGGGUGGCCGACGAGGAAAUGUCCGAGGCCCCGGAAAGCAAGGGCGACGCUGGCAGCAGCAAUGUGGGGAGCUCGUCCCGCUCGCCUCCCCGCGCCCCAGGCCCUCGGUUGGGCGAGGACAUGGAAGCGUAUGUGCUGCGGCCAGCGCUGCGCGGCCGCACGGUGCAGUGUCGCAUCAGCCGCGACAAGCGUGGUGUAGACAAGGGCAUGUUCCCUAUCUACUACCUCUACCUGGAGGCGGCUGACGGCUGGAAGCACUUCCUUCUGGCUGGGCGCAAGAGGAAAAGGAGCAAAACCUCUAAUUAUCUCAUCUCCCUGGACCCCACAGACCUGUCUCGGGAUGGGGACAACUUUGUGGGCAAAGUCAGAUCCAAUGUCUUUGGCACCAAGUUCACUAUCUUCAACAAUGGGGUGAAUCCCGAAAAGAAGAAUGUCAUCCCGGAAACUGCUCGGAUCAGGGAGGAGCUGGGGGCUGUGUGCUAUGAGACAAACGUCUUGGGAUUCCGAGGGCCCCGGAAAAUGACUGUGAUCAUUCCAGGAAUCGACGCCCAGAACCAGAGAAUUAGCAUCCAGCCACAAAAUGAACAGGAGUCGCUACUGAGUCGUCUCCAGCGAGGCGCCAGCCGGGGGCUGGUCCUGCUGCAAAACAAAGCCCCAUCGUGGAGCGACGAGAGCGGCGCCUACGUGCUCGAUUUUCAUGGUCGAGUCACUCGGGCCUCGGUCAAGAACUUCCAGAUCGUGCAUCCGGAUGACCCGGAUUACUUGGUGCUCCAGUUCGGCCGCGUAGCGCCGGACACGUUCACCAUGGACUUCCGCUUCCCGCUUUGCCCGCUCCAAGCCUUCGCCAUUUGCUUAUCCAGUUUCGACGGGAAGCUGGCGUGUGAGUAAUUGAAUGAAAUACUAUACUCUCAUCAGCUUCCGUGCCUGCUCAUUUGGAGACAGGGCCCCAGCAUGCCUUCUUUUGCACCAGCUUACUCAUAACCAACCCUUAUUAGACGCUGCCUGGGUGCCCAGUCCUGUCCUCUAGGGAUCGGGCUGUUCAACAAGCAUCUGCUCUUGUGGGACUCACAGGGGAUCAUGGGAGAUGGGUCUCAACAAAAAGUCAGAAUGCUAGUCGGCUCUAAGGAGAAAAGCACAUGGAGGCACCAGUCGGCUGGGUCAGAGCAAGGCAUGUCUAAAAAAGUGAUUUUGAUCCUACAUCUGAAGAAUCACCAGGAACUAGCUGAGCUAGCGGGGUGAGGGAUGGCAACAUCAGGCAGAAGGCACAGCUCCUACAGAGGUCUUAAGGUGGAAGGGGGCUUGGUUCGUUUGGGAAAAUGGAAGGAUAGGGUAGUGGGAGACGGGAAGCAAUGGACAGAGUGCAGGACAUUUGGGCCACUCUUGUUUGAAUUGCUGCACAGAUCUUAGGAGGUCAGAGAAGAGUUCUGAGCUGGAGCCAUAAACUUGGAUGGGUAUUUGAAGACAUGUAUGAGUGAGAGAGAAUAAUUACAAUACUAGCGAACACUUAGAGAAUGUUAUUUGACAAGCACUGUUUUAAAUGUGAACUCGUUUGGGGCCCUACAGUCCCAUAAGGUAUGUGCAAUUGUUAGCCAGGCUUUAGGAGAUAAGAAAAUGGGGUCUGUAGACACCGGGCUUAUAAAUGUGAAAUCAGGCAGCUGAAAACCUCGAGGAACCCAACAUCGAAAGACCAGUAGGAGGAUGGGUCUUUAUAUUCCAGGGAGGCACAGAAAACUGGAGCUUAACCUUUUUUUAGGGAUCAGUGAGUCUAGCUCAGCCCCCUUAGGGAGAUAACUGUCCCAAGUUUAAUAAAAUUUCGGUGGAAGCCAAAGAAAAACUACAAAACCCACCAGCCCUUAGUUCCAAAGAAGCUUCAGGACUGGAAGAGGCAAAUU